AUGACCGAAGUUAUUUUAGCGAAUCGUUUACGAGAUCUUGAAGAAGAAUUAAAAACUGAACGUGAUGUUCGAUAUCGUCAAGAAAAAGAAUUAACAAAUUUACGUAUUGAUUUUGAUGAAAUCGAACAACAAUUAGAUGAAAUUACAAAUGCACGUGAUAGGGAAUUUGAAAAUAAUAAACGUUUAAAACAAGAAAUUCAUGAUUUACGUCAAAAAAUUGAAGUUCAAUCAACUGAAUAUGAUGAAAAUCAAAAUGGUCUUCGUCGUCGUUUUCAAGAUGCAUUAGCUGAAUUAACAAGUCAAGUUGAAGCAUUAAGCAAAGGAAAAACAAGACAUGAAAAGGAGAGCAAAACAUUUAUCGUUGAAAUUGAAGAAUUAAAAAAUGAAGUUGAAUCAUUAGCAAAAGCUAAAAGUCAAGCUGUAUCAAUAAGUAAAGAACUCGAAGGAAAAUUAAUUGAAAUGAAUGGCAAAGUUGAUGAUGCUAUUAGACAAUUAACUGAUGCUAAUGGAGCCAAAGCUCGUCUUGUUGAAGAAAAUUUAACAUUUAGUCGACGAAUUGAAACAAUCGAAUUUGAAUUUACAUCAGUACAAACAUUUUAUAAACGAGCACAAGGUGAUCUUGAAGAAGCAAGACUUCAUUUAGAAUCUGAAAUGGCUACAAAUAGAACAUUACAAUCAACAGUAAAAACAUUUCAAAUGGAUUUAGAGUCAACAAAAUUACAACUUGAUGAUGAGAUUGAAGCUAAAGUUGAAUUACAAAAACUUUUAAUCAAAAUUCAAGAAGAAUCAAGACUUUUAAGAGAUAGAUUAGAAAAAGAAAUUGAAGGAAAAAAUGAAGAACUUGAAGAUCAAAGACGUAAACUUAAUGCACGUAUUAGUGAAGUUCAAGAACAACUUACUGAAGUUCUUGCUAAAGCAAGUAAUCUUGAAAAAGCUAAACAACGUCUUCAAGCUGAAUUGGAUAAACUUAAUGGUGAAGUUGAAAAAUAUCGUAAACGAGCCGAUGAAGCUGUUCGUCGUAAUAAACAAUUAGAAAAAGAAGUUGAUGAAUCUCGUCAACGUUUAAGUCAAUUAAGUGCUGAACUUGAAUCAGCUUUACAAGCUAAUCGCAAUUAUCAAAGUGAAUUAGUCAAAGUUAAAAGCUUAAAUGAACAACUUACUGAACAGAUUGAUAUCAUUACACGAGACAAACGUCGUUUACAAGGUAUUAAAUAA